AUGGAGCUGGUGUUUAGGGAGGAACUGGUGUUUAUGGAGCUAGUGUUUAUGCAGGAGCUGGUGUUUAUGGAGCUGGUGUUUAGGGAGGAGCUGGUGUUUAUGCAGGAGCUGGUGUUUAUAGAGCUGGUGUUUAGGGAGGAGCUGGUGUUUAUGCAGGAGCUGGUGUUUAUGGAGCUAGUGUUUAGGGAGGAGCUAGUGUUUAUGCAGGAGCUGGUGUUUAUGGAGCUGGUGUUUAUGGAGCUGGUGUUUAGGGAGGAGCUAGUGUUUAUAGAGCUGGUGUUUAGGGAGGAGCUGGUGUUUAUGCAGGAGCUGGUGUUUAUGGAGCUAGUGUUUAGGGAGGAGCUAGUGUUUAUGCAGGAGCUGGUGUUUAUGGAGCUGGUGUUUAUGGAGCUGGUGUUUAGGGAGGAGCUGGUGUUUAUGGAGCUGGUGUUUAGGGAGGAGCUGGUGUGGAGGUGCUGA